CACAUGUGGAAAUUGUGGAAAAAUGCCAUCAGAGCCUGAGAACAUAUGCUGCCAGGAGGUGCAACAGGUUACAAGACGGCUACAGCAGCUGGAAGAAAGGCCAACAUGUAUGAUAGAUCAUCCAGGUUUUGAACCUGUUUGCCUAAAUGUGUUCUCACUUCAGAAUGCAUGUAACAUUUACAGAGCUGACUACGGUCCUUUACGGCUACGGGGGAUAGAACAUCGUUACAGGUUUCUUGCCUAUAGAAGCUUUGUGAGCUGGUGCUGGGGCUUCCUUGGUCGGAAGAUAAGGGUAGUGAUCCCUUCAUGUGUGGUACUUCGGAUCCGACGGGAGUUUCCAGACGCCCAGGGAACAUAUGGAGGCUUCAAACUACCCCCUCUCAAUUGAAUCUGGAGACAUACGUGGCGAUGACUUCAUCCAUGUCUGGAUGCUCAUAUUGUGAAGACAGGUCCGGCGGGAUGUUUAUAUUCAGGAUCUCGUCUCUAUAUGAUGAUGGGUCGACAAAGACUUUCUCCAUGAUCAGGUCCAUCAAGUCAUCAGCAUACCCUGUGACACACACACACAC